GAAUAUGGAAGAACUGGUCAGAUUUCCUGACCAAAAGACUGGAAAACAGUUAUCAUAUGCCACAAGGCAGUUGAUUGCUCGUGAAAUUGAUAUUGAAAAAGUAAGGAGGGCUGAAACAUAUUUUGUAAAACAGCAAGAGGCUGAAGCUAUAAGAAAAGAAAAAUCUGGAAAGGAAAACCAAGCUCCAAAGACUUCAAAGCAAGCAAACUCAUCUUCUUCAAUAACCACACCUGACUUGGUUGCUCUACCAAAUCACUUACAGAAGUUACAAGCAAAACCAAUUCUUGAACCUUCUGCUGUCAAGGAUGAAUACAACUCAGAUGCAGGAAGAGUAGUGGCACCAAAAGAUUUCUUUGGCAGAGUAAUUAGCAACGCAGUCCAUCAGGAAACAAAAAGCAUGACAAAUGAAAUUGUGAAAAGUGAUAUAUGGUUCAGAUUUAAGGAAGGCUACAGCAAUGCAGUAAGACGACCCAUCAAACUAAAAGAUUUAGUGUGAUAUAAUUAUUACUUUCAUACUAUGUACUUUUAGAUUUAUUGUUAGUUUUUAAUGUUCAUAUCUUAUUUUCACAUUGGAUUUCUGUUCACUAUCACUAAAUAGCUUUAAAGCCUUAUAGUUCAUUAUAGUUUCUAUGAUGAUAUCAAAGAAAACUAGAGGAGUGAGACUGGAAAAUAUUUACGUAUGGCCUCUUUUAUGUAAAAUAAGGCCUAAUUGAUAGACAUAAAUGCAAUUUGUAUCUUUUGUAAAAUCAAAUGUGAACAAUUGAAAUUUAGAAGCAAUAUCCUUUACUUAAUGAAAUAUUGUAUAUCUGACAGUCCUUUUUCAUAUUUUUCAUGAGCACACUUGUAAAAUUAUAAAGUUAACAGUAGAUACUGUAUGCAGUACCAAUUUCUGGAAAGUUGUACAAAAAAGUAAACAUUUUCUAUUAAAAUGGUGUGAUCCAGUG